UAGGCGAAGCUGUGUACGGCGGUGGCACGUCGUCUUCGUGGUCGUAUGCUUCUAUCUCGUCUACUAAUUCUGUGCCGUUUGAUGACCGUGAAUUCAACGGUCGUGAUUGUGAUUAUUCAACUUGUAAGUUUGCUCGCAAGAAUGAAGCAAAAUAUCAAUUAAAAUGA